AUGUCAGCGCCACUAAUAGUACGAGAUUGGCAAAAGGACUGUGUAUACCUGGUACAGUUUCCUAGAGCUGGCUGUAUACCUAGUAUAUCAUCGUAUUGUCUGAAGAUGGAGACAUGGUUGAGGAUAGCCGAGAUACCAUAUCAGGUAGACCAACAUUUUUUAAUUACUGUAGAACAGUUAUGCAUUACUAUAAUAUUUAAUUUUUAAAUGUGUUGUAAAAUACGACUUCUCUUCUAAACGCAUUGGCAAUCCAUUUAGAAUGUGGACAGUCAAUUCAAGUACAAGUCGGAGCGAGGACAACUGCCAUUUGUCGAGCUGAAUGGUCGCCAAAUCUGUGAUACCAACUACAUCAUAGCAGAGUUGUCUCGUAUGUUUCAUGUUCAAUUGGACGAUCAGCUCAAUGAAAAGGAACGAUCGGAGUUUGUUGCGAUUGAGGCUUUGAUCGAGGAUUCUUUGUCAUGGUAUGCCACUUCUAAAUUUACAUUACAACUUGAGAUUAAUCAUGUAGUUAAACUAUAAAAAUAAUAUUAUAAUUCGACCUACGUUGAUGGAGUAUCCGUAUUUUACAAUUUACAGUAGUUUCUCUUACUAGCAUAAAAAAUAUUUUUAAAAAUCAAAUGAUGUGGUCUAAUAUUAUAUUUAAAAAAUCACUUUCAGGUCAGUAAACUACUACCGAAGCUUGAAUCUGUCAUUUCUAUCAACAGAUGACGGACUUCUAGCUCAUUUCAGUGGUUUCAGAAAGUUAAUGUUCAGGACAUUUUUGGUAAAUCGUCUCAAACGUAAUGUAAGUCAGCUUUUUUACAGUAUGCUCUUAGAUAACGUAACAAAAGGCUUAUCAUAUAUUUACAGUGUAAUUUAGAGAAAAAACUGAGAUUUGUGUGGUAUAUUAUAACAGGAGAUUUUUUAUAAAAGAACAUAUUAUAACGUAUUAAUUGUGUGUUAUUUCAGUAUCGACAACGAUGUAAAGCCCAAGGUAUUGGUCGCCAGUUACCGUCAGAUGUUAUGGAAGCUACAAUCAGAAAGUUGAAGGCAAUAUCGGUGUUUUUAGGCGACAAAAAGUAUAUUAUGGGAGAUAAAGUUACUUCGGUAAGUUGAUGUAAAUAUAACAUAUUCUAAAACUUUGAUUUUAAAUUGUCAUAAAUUGAGUAGCUAGUUAGCUUUUUUAAUGUAACAAAUUUUACAGUAUAUAUAUAUAUAUAUUUAUAUAAUAGUAUAUGUUACGAUUAUUUGGACAUUAUUCCAUAUUUCAGUUAGAUGCUACAGCGUUCGGCCAUUUGUGUAUGUUUUACUACUGUCCUCUGAACAAAGAUAUUAAAAACUACAUGGAAACUGACUGUCGCAACAUAAUCGACUACCUUCGCAACGUUAAAGAAGAGUUUUGGUCGGAUUGGAAUGAAUGUACGGCCAAACUGUCAUUGGCUACAAAGCCUAGGCAAAUGAUGCCUCUUAAUGGUGUAUAUCCUUCUAAUGAGUAAGGCGUUUUAAUAUAAUUGGUUUUAAAUUAUAGUUGCUGGUUAUAGCUUUUAAUUUUGAGUGACUUUUAAAAAAGUUAUGUCAAUUUAUCUUAAAGUUUAGUAUAAUAUUUUUAGUAUCAUAUUGUAGUUACUCUGUAAACAAUAUGUUUAACAAUAUGAAUUUAAGUUUUAAUUUUAGAAGAUUAAAGAUACCAGACAUGGGUGACCGAGAGAUGACAGACAUGUCCAGAACCAACGAAUCAUUCGAAGAUCUAGAACGUUCUAUCAAAUAA